AGCGGCACGACUUGUGGUCUAAUAGACCGAUGCGAUGCCGACUUUUCAGAUGGGCGGGGAAGAAUCUUGAAAUUAGGGUUUUAAGUACUUUGCAUUCUCUCUCUCGCUCGCCAGAAUCGCCAGAAAUCUCGUCCACUUUAGGAAGUUUGUGAGCCGAGAAUGGCUUCAACUGGGCAAUCACAAUCACUCAAAAGACGGGAUCCGCCUGUAACACUUGUAACAAGAGAAGGUGAUCAGCUUAUUAUAACACCUCUUGGUGCUGGCAAUGAAGUCGGUCGGUCCUGCGUGUACAUGUCCUACAAAGGGAAAACCGUACUGUUUGACUGUGGAAUUCAUCCUGCUUACUCUGGUAUGGCUGCAUUGCCGUACUUUGAUGAAAUUGAUCCUUCAACUAUUGACGUCCUUCUCAUCACACACUUUCACUUGGAUCAUGCUGCAUCCCUACCUUAUUUCUUGGAGAAGACCACAUUCAAAGGUCGAGUAUUUAUGACCCAUGCAACAAAGGCUAUAUACAAGUUGCUUUUGACGGAUUAUGUAAAAGUGAGCAAGGUUUCGGUUGAAGAUAUGCUGUUUGAUGAGCAAGACAUCAACCGCUCUAUGGAAAAAAUUGAGGUAAUUGAUUUUCAUCAAACAUUGGAGGUAAACGGGAUUAAAUUUUGGUGUUAUACUGCUGGCCAUGUCCUUGGUGCUGCCAUGUUCAUGGUUGACAUUGCUGGUGUGCGGGUACUCUAUACUGGGGACUAUUCCCGUGAAGAAGACCGACAUCUUCGUGCUGCGGAGCUUCCUCAAUUCUCCCCUGACAUCUGCAUAAUCGAAUCUACAUAUGGUGUCCAGCUCCAUCAACCUCGGCAUAUCCGGGAGAAGCGAUUCACUGAUGUUAUCCACUCAACCAUCUCUCAAGGGGGUCGUGUCUUAAUCCCAGCAUUCGCCCUUGGCCGUGCCCAAGAACUCCUCCUGAUCCUCGAUGAGUAUUGGGCAAACCAUCCUGAGCUCCAUAAUAUUCCAAUAUAUUAUGCUUCUCCGCUGGCGAAGAAAUGUAUGACUGUUUAUCAGACAUACAUCCUUUCCAUGAAUGAGAGGAUACGUAAUCAGUUUGCGAACUCAAAUCCCUUCAAAUUCAAGCACAUAUCUCCAUUGAAUAGCAUUGAAGAUUUUAGUGAUGUAGGCCCAUCAGUGGUGAUGGCAACUCCUGGUGGGAUUCAAAGUGGUUUGUCUCGGCAACUCUUUGACAUGUGGUGUUCUGAUAAGAAAAAUGCUUGUGUAAUACCUGGAUAUGUUGUUGAAGGAACAUUGGCAAAGACAAUCAUCAAUGAACCAAAGGAAGUCACGCUCAUGAAUGGGCUAACUGCAGCUCUCAACAUGCAAGUUCACUAUAUCUCCUUCUCUGCCCAUGCUGACUACGCUCAGACAAGUACAUUCCUGAAAGAACUCAUGCCACCCAACAUAAUUCUUGUUCAUGGAGAAGCAAAUCAGAUGGGAAGGCUAAAACAGAAGCUGCUCUCCGAGUUUGUUGACAGCAACACCAAAAUCUUAACCCCAAAGAAUUGUCAAUCUGUUGAGAUGUACUUCAACUCUGAGAAAAUGGCAAAGGCCAUUGGGAAACUGGCCGAAAAGACGCCGGAAGUUGGUGAAAAUGUCAGUGGCAUACUAGUGAAGAAAGGCUUUACUUACCAAAUAAUGGCUCCGGAUGAUCUUCAUGUCUUCUCACAGUUGUCAACUGCACAUAUUUUUCAGAGGAUAACUAUACCUUAUUCUGGCGCCUUUGGUGUGAUAAAACAUCGGCUUGAGCAGAUAUAUGAAAGCGUUGAGUCUUCUGUGGACGAGGAGUCCGGGGUUCCAACCUUGCGAGUACAUGAUCAAGUUACAGUUAAACAGGAUUCUGAGAAGCAUGUUUCACUGCAUUGGAGUUCAGAUCCUAUUAGCAACAUGGUUUCAGACUCAGUUGUAGCUCUAGUUCUGAACAUCAGUCGAGAAGUACCUAAAGUUGUGGUCGAAUCUGAGGCCGUAAAGUCAGAGGAAGAGAAUGAGAGGAAGGCAGAGAAGGUAAUCCAUGUACUUCUCCUUUCACUUUUUGGAGACGUGAAGCUAGGGGAAGAUGGGAGGCUGGUGAUUAAUGUUGAUGGGAAUGCAGCAUACCUUGACAAAAAGAGUGGUGAUGUUGAGAGUGAGAAUGAAGGUCUGAAGGAAAGGGUGAGGACAGCGUUUAUGCGGAUUCAAAAUGCUGUGAAGCCGAUACCUCUCUCUUCAUCGUAGCUUGUCUCGUUCUUAUUCCAUAGUCGAAUCUGUAGUCUUUUAAGUCGAAUCUGUAUAUCGUAAACUGGUUAUUUGGACUCUUAAUUAGUUUUUUGCGUAUGUGGUUAAUUCUGAUCAAGGUCACAAAUACAGCAUUACUUGUUUUUCUACAAUGCAUGGAGAACAGAAGAGGGGAUUAUUUGACUUCUUGCGAAGCUUUUUGUAAGCUUGUGCAUUUCUUUUGAAAUUUGUCUGUGGAUUGCUGUAGAGACAGUUUUAUAAAAGAAAGUUUGUGCAUGGUG